GUCUCCACAAAUCCUUGCGGUGAGCCAGAGACUCCGACUUGCAAUUGGCAGCCGCGGCAGCUUCACCUGCUUCACCUGAACCAAAUGACAUCACCGGGUCCCCACCGCUGCUUCACACCUCGCAACUCGCAACACCCUCUUCCUGCAACUUCCUGCAACGUCAACACCAAAUUGUUUACCAAGAACUGUCCGCCCAUCAUCGUCGCACAUGUUCCCUUCUAAGGCGGACAGAAGAUGAAGCCUUCAAAUGCCCACAGCCAUCCGGCGGAGGCAAUACGACUUCUCUUUCCUUCGUCUCACCUCCUCACAACAGUCCCUCCCGUUGCUUCCUCUCGGCUCUACUACGGCCCGUCUCCACCAUAAUCUCGAAGCACACUGAGGUGCUCACAGGGACAGGUCACGUACCUAGGUACCUAUAUACACAGUACACACGCCCACGCCGUCCUCUCCUCUUAUCGUGGCAUAUCCUGCCCCUCGUCUAGCGAUAAACAAGCGCCAUGCUCAAGAAAUGGCUGCCAAAGAAGACUGCACAAAACUCACCGAGCACCACCGCAUCCGACGGCACCGUCAAUGAGAAAAAUCGAGCAAACACUAGGAAAUGGACUCUUGGGAUACUCUCCGAUCCUCAGACUGACGAGGUUCCCGGCUCUGUCAUCAUCCUCUCACGAACGUACAAGCGUAACGAGCCGCUGGGCUUACAGCAUGCACAUGCCCGGAAUUCGUCUUCCUCCUUGCCAUCUCCAUUGAGUACGCCCACAAGGAGCCGCUCAAGGAGCUCCCGUCGUUCCCGUCGUUCAUCCCGAGCCAGAGAAGCCGAAAAGAAGUCGAAGGAUGGAAAGUUCGUAUUGGUUCCUCAGCCUGACGACUCGGCCAAUGAUCCCCUAAAUUGGCCGACGGUACGUCGCGAUGCUGCGUUGCUCUCUCUGGGCCUAUACUGUAUGAUCGGAGGUGGUAUGACUCCCAUACUGGCAGCUGGAUUCAACAAUGUAGCGGACACAUAUAAUGUAUCGGUCCCUAAAGUUGCCUUGACUACGGGCCUUUACAUGCUUGGUCUCGGUCUAGGGAGUGUAAUAACAUCACCCACUGCCAUCUUGUGGGGCAAGAGACCCGUCUACUUGACAGCCAUUAUUAUUUUCGCCCUCACCGCUGUUUGGUGUGCCGCCUCUCCGACUUAUGUGUCUCUCCUCAUCGCGCGAAUAGUGCAAGGGAUUGCGGUCAGUCCUGUGGAGUGCCUACCGAGCGCCACGAUUGCAGAGAUAUUCUUCCUCCAUGAGCGAGCGUACCGUCUCGGAAUCUACACUCUUCUACUGCUCGGAGGCAAGAAUCUCAUUCCCCUCGUUAGUGCCGCGAUCAUCGAGUCCCUUGGGUGGAGAUGGGUCUUCUGGAUUGUUGCAAUAGUUGUAGGAUCCUGCUUCUUCCUGAUCUUCUUUUUCGUGCCGGAAACCUUUUGGGACAGAACUCCACGACCACGAGAGCGCAGACCAGCACGGAAAAGGAGUCAGAGUCCCGGACAACACCAUCACCAUCAUAACUGGCACAUUCCGAAGUUUGGAAAACCCCCCGUGGCCCCCAUCCCACUACCGGGAACGGGAGAAGCCGUUUCUUCUGGACAACAAUCAACCUUACAACAUGGCUCCGGGUCCAUACAGCGUCCUCCUCGCAGUGCCAGGGUAGGCUUCGCAGACGAUGCAGGCGAUCAUGAUACUGCACAGGCCAGGUCGACCCCAACGGGUACCAAUGUGCAAGAUCACAUCCAUGCACCCAGCGAUCAUCACCAGACUCAAGUCGGACCCUCGGACCAAGAAGGUUCGGACACAGGGUUUCCUUUCCCUACGUCAAAUGAAGCGGACAAUAACAUUCCCAAUGUUGAACAACAACGCGCCAGUCUGCCCUAUAAUAGCUCACACGAUACCAUUGCACUGAAUGAAGAAACAGAUGAAAACGGUCUAUGCCAUUAUUAUACCAGCUUUUACCGAGAGGCGCCGCCAAAGUCCUAUGUCCAGUCUUUAAACCCCUGGAACGGCCGUCUUGUAGAUGAUAAAUGGGUCAAGGUCAUGUUCCGCCCCUUCAUCCUAUUCGCCUACCCGGCAGUUCUAUGGUCGUCGAUGGUGUAUGCCCUCGCCGUCGGCUGGUUAAUUGUUCUCUCUGAGUCGGUCUCCCAUAUCUACAAAGAUCGAGAAUCAUACAACUUCACUUCGUUACAGGUUGGAUUGGUGUAUAUAUCUCCUUUUGUUGGUGGAGUCCUUGGAACAGCGGUGGCAGGGAAGAUUUCCGACAUCAUCGUGCGGUUCAUGGCCCGUAGGAAUGACGGAGUGUACGAACCCGAAUUCCGGUUGACCAUGGCCAUUCCCAUCACUUUGAGCACAACGAUAGGUCUCAUGGGUUUUGGAUGGAGUGCCCAGGAGAAAGACUCUUGGAUUGUACCAACGGUCUUCUUCGGCGUCAUCAGCUUCGGUUGCUGUCUGGCUUCCACUACAGCAGUGACUUUUGUGGUGGACUCAUACCGUGUGUAUGCCGGCGAAGCCCUGGUGACGCUGAAUUUCUGCAAGAAUAUUCUACACGGGUUCAUCUUCUCACUAUUCUUCCCACAUUGGCUUGAAGCUGAUGGAGCGAAGAGUGUGUUUCUUGCUGUAGGUGGUAUUCAAUUGGGGUGUAUGCUCUUAUCGAUUCCGAUGUAUAUUUUCGGCAAGCGGGCGCGCAUGUGGACAGUGAGGAAAAACUUGAUGGAAAAGUUUUAGACGAAGAGCAUGACGAUGAAUGCAAAAUUUGCUACACAUGUAUAUAUUUAUGAACUGCAACUAAUCGUACGUUGCAUAGACACGACCGCAAUGAAAGAAUAGAAGAAUUAGAUAUGACUUUACUUGGA